AUGUUGUACGUGUCUGAUAAAAAAGGUACGCAUAGUCACCCUACUUCCUUGCUAAAUGGUUUUCGUAAAACUAUUGAGGAUUGUGCGUUGGUAGAACUUGAUCUUACAAGUGGUAAGUACACUUGGGAAAAGAGUAGGGGGACAAACAAUUGGGUUCGUGAAAGACUUGAUCGAGCUUUCGCUACAAAUGAAUGGUGGCAUAUGUUUCCGCUAUGUAAUCUUCGUGUGCAUCACACUAUAUGCUCUGAUCAUGGGCCGAUUCAGCUUGAUUUGUGUAGUUUGAAACACUCGAAGAGGCAGUUCAGGUUCCGUUUUGAAAAUACGUGGCUGAAUUCGUUUCAUGACGAGGUCACUACUUAUUGGAAAAGUCUUUCUCCUAUGUACUUUGUCUCGAAGCUUAUAGAUAUUUUUACGUUCAUGCAGAAAUGGGGGAGGUCCCUUCUACGUCUGAUUGGACCUAACACUUAG